CAACUUGUUUUUGACUGACAGUGAAUGCAAAGAGAGUUAAGGGUGGGUAAAGGAGAAAAAGGAGGGCUUUUGAAAGUCUUCAUAUAAACUUUACUACUUUCCAUGAAGGACUAUAGGCUUGUCAUGAAAGUAAAUACAUGAAAGGAACUUGAGCUUUGCUCCUUUACAGGUCUGAAGAAAAGGUAAUGGCAACAACGCAGAUCAGUAUGUCACAAGCCUCACUAGUCAAUGGCAGCAUCAGUGCUAAAAUGAAGAGAAACAAACCUCGUGUGAUGUCUAAAAGUGGUCACAGCAAUAUCAGAAUUGACAAGGUAGAUGGUAUUUACCUGCUUUAUCUUCAGGACCUGUGGACCACAGUUAUUGACAUGAAAUGGAGAUAUAAACUUACAUUAUUUGCUGCUACUUUCAUCAUGACUUGGUUUCUGUUUGGAGUCAUUUACUAUGCCAUUGCAUUUCUUCAUGGAGAUCUGGAAGAGAGCAGAUACCCUAACAAACAUGUCCCCUGUGUCAUGAAUGUAGAUUCAUUAACUGGGGCAUUUCUCUUUUCUUUGGAAUCCCAAACAACCAUUGGUUAUGGCUUUCGGGUUAUCACUGAGGAAUGUCCUCAUGCCAUUUGUCUCUUGGUGGCUCAGUUAGUUCUCACUACGUUGAUUGAGAUUUUCAUUACUGGAACUUUCCUGGCCAAAAUUGCUAGACCUAAAAAAAGGGCUGAGACCAUUAAGUUCAGUCAUUAUGCUGUCAUAACCAAACACAAUGGACAGCUUUGCCUUGUAAUCCGUGUAGCAAAUAUGAGAAAGAGCCUCUUGAUUCAGUGCCAGUUAACUGGAAAGCUUCUUCAGACCUAUGAAACCAAAGAAGGAGAAAGGAUUCUGCUAAACCAAGCUAGUGUCAAAUUCCACGUGGAUUCAUCAUCAGAAAGCCCUUUCUUGAUUCUACCUCUGACUUUUUACCACAUUUUGGAUGAGAGCAGCCCCUUAAAUGACCUGACAUCCCAAAAUCUAAAGGAAAAGGAUUUUGAACUCAUUAUCCUUUUGAACGCCACAGUAGAAUCCACGAGUGCUGUAUGCCAGAGCCGAACUUCAUAUAUUCCAGAGGAGAUCUUCUGGGGAUUUGAAUUCCUGCCUGUGAUUUCUCUUUCACAGAAUGGAAAAUAUGUUGCAGAUUUUAGUCAAUUUGAGCUGAUCAGAAGAAGCAUCGACUGUACAUUGUACAGUAUGGACCCUGAAAAGCAAAAAUUGGAAGAGCAAUAUAGAAAGGAAGACCAGAGGGAGAGAGAACGCAGAACCAUGUUGUUACAACAAAGUAAUGUUUGAUGGCUCACCUAUAACAAAUAAUAUUGUAUAUAACACUUUUAACUGAAAGUCGUUUACUCAAACACUAUGAUUUUAUCAGAAUGCAUCAUUAAUUCUUUUUCAGUUUUUGUGUAACAUAUGCCACAAUAAUGGAAAAUGGAGGUGUAUUUUGGGUGUAUGGAAACCUGCCUUAAAUAUGAACAAAACUGUUAUUGGGGCUAGCAGUGGCACACCAGAGUUCCAGAUAAGGAAUUUCACUAGUGCUAUCUAGAACUGGAUCCAUGUCACCUACUGACAUCUUUCUCCAGUGCUGAAAUGAAAUAGAAUGGUUAGCCCAUUGACAUUGUCCUGCCAAUGACUUUGUGAUCUUGGUGAUGAGCUACGCUAUUUUGUCCACUAUAACACAGGGUAGAAAGUCAGUAGAGUUAGUGGCUCUACUUCUUAACCCCCCCCCCCCACUCCAUUCUUGCCGUUAGAGACAGGAUAUGUUUAGCAUGUCGAUCUCCAGAGCUAUACUAUCUUUUUGUUGGCUAGUGUUUGAUAUAUGAUUUUUAAUAGUUGUGCCUGAAGUUUGAUAUUUUGAACAUAUUUUCCAGAUAUAAAAAUCUACACUGGUGUUUGUUUUAGAUAUAAAUAGCAAUUUUUUAAAGUUUAUUGACAGAAAGCAUUAUGAAUACUGGUACUUUGUACGGUGACACCACGAUAUGAUGAAGAUAGUUUGUGUGAUUCUGCCAGACUUCUUUUGUGUGGAUCUUAAUUGCCAUUUUUCUAAACUGACAUUUUUCUCCUUGUCCAGUUUAAAUUUGUACAUUAUUGAUAAUGCAUAAGAUCAAAAUCAGAAUGGAAAAAGAGGAAGAUCAAGCUUUGCUCUGAGUUCUCUCAUCAGCACAUUACUGAUUAAAAACUAUAUAGGAAUUUCUCACAUUUUUAUUUGUGUUCCACCCUUAUUAUUUUUAUAAGUAGAUCAAGGUGCAACCCUAUCCAAUACACUUUCCUUCUUCUAUUAUCCCCAGAACAACAACCCUGUAAGGUGGGUUGGGCUGAGAGAGAGACUGGCCCAAGGUCACUCAGAUGGCUUUCAUAACUAAGGGAGGACUUGAAUUCACAGUCUCCCGCUUUCUAGCCUGGUGCCUUAACCACUAGACUUGAUUCUUACGUAAAUAAUGGUUUAAGGAAAGUAUAUGCACACAUCCUUCUUGUGGUCAUUUUAGAUGAGCAAGAAAGAACGAAGUAAAUAGCUCCAUAACCUUUUUCUUGAAUGCAAACUCCUUUUUGCCCAGACAGUCUUCAAUUUACUCACCAGUGCAAAUGAUUGGCUCACAAUGCUGUUCUCUCUCUCUCCCUCCCCCCACUCUCUCCCUCCCCUCCCAUAAUUUGACAGAUUUAAAAACAGGUAAGGAUGGUGUUGAAGACAACAAUCAUAUAGGGGAAAUGCUAAUAACAAUAUUUUGCUUUUAUGAAGUAAUCUAUUUUAAAAAGUUGUUUAGCUUUGCUUUAGAAAACUGUUUAAUGCUC